AUGCAGUGCACGGCAGAACUAAUUGGGCCAGGGAAUCGGGUGGGUGGCAGGGGUGGAGGGCGGGCAGAAGAUGGCCGGGGUGCCGCGCUGCGGCGGAGGGGUCGCGGUGUGUUGCCGAGGCUCGCCGGCUCCUCUCUCGCAGCGGCGGGGCCGCGGCAGGCACGUGCGGGGGGCGAACUGCAGCAGCUCCGGACACAGCAGCUCCAGACACAGCGGAGGCCGCUGCUGUGGCGGCAGCAGCUACUGCGAAAAGGCACGGGUGGCGGAGUGGGCAGCAGAAGACGUGAGAAAUGGAAUUCGGGAGAAAUAGAAGCGAGCGAGUGCAAUGCAGUGGCAGGAGAGAGUGCACACAAUGUAGCUGCUGCAGCGACAGCUGGAAUGCCGAUUAGCACUCACCUCGGGAUGCCGAUUUCAGGCAGUUUCCCGCCACUAAGGCAUGGGCUGAACACUAGUGAAGAAUUUCCAAGCAUGCAACUAAGCACCCCAGCCUGGAUGGCUAAUGGCACAGCAAUGAAUACCUGUGACUACAAUCAGCCUUUAUACUGUGCCACAGUAAUCUAUACCCUGAAUAUUCUCAUAGUCAUCAUUGCCCUGGUUGGUAUGGCAGGAAAUGCCAUUGUGCUGUGGCUCCUGGGCUUCUGCUUGCACAGGAAUGCCUUCUCUGUCUACAUCCUCAACCUGGCUGGUGCCGACUUCCUCUUCCUCUUCUUUCACACUCUGUAUUCCCUGGAAAAAAUACUUUGUCAUCACCAUAUAAUACAUAUUGAUGUACCCAUCCAUUUCCUUACAGUGUUAAAUUGUGCUUAUUUGGCAAGUCUAAGCAUGCUCAGUGCCAUUAGCACCGAGCGCUGCCUGUCUGCCCUGUGGCCAAUAUGGUACCGCUGUCAAAGACCAAGACAUGCAUCAGCUGUCAUAUGUGCCUUGCUCUGGGCCUUGUCCCUGAUAUUGGGCCUCCUGGAAGGAAGUUCAUGUGGAGCCUUCUUUAAUGACUUAGUUUUGGCUUGGUGUAAGAAAUUAGAUUUCAUCACUUUUGCUUGGUUAAUUGUUUUAUUUGUGGUCCUCUUGGGGUCCAGCCUGGCCCUGAUGCUCAGGGUCUUCUGUGGCUCACACAGGAUUCCUGUGACCAGGCUGUAUGUGACCAUUGCCCUCACAGUGCUGGUCUUCCUUGCCUUUGGUUUGUCCUAUGGUAUCUACUGGUUCCACUUAUUUUGGGUCAAAGGCAUUCAUAUCAAUUCCUCUUGCCGUGUUUUAGAAAUGACAAUAUUCCUAUCCUGUAUUAACAGUUGUGCCAACCCCAUCAUUUACUUCCUUGUUGGGUCCAUUAGGUAUCACCGAUUCCAGAGGCAGACUCUGAAGAUGAUUCUACAGAGGGCCAUGCAGGACACUCCUGAGAAGGAAGGUGGAGAGAGGAGUUCUUCCGGACAGGAAAUAGUCUAG